AUGCUGAACCAAACGAAUCGUAACCAACAACCGAUUGUGGUUCAACCGUCGCUUCCUCGUGCCAUUCCGCAUUUCGAUGGCAAAUACGAGCAGUGGGAAAAAUUCAAAGUCAUGUUUAGGGACGUGGUCGACAGAUCGAAUGAUCCGCCACAGAUCUACCAUUUGGAAAAGGCUCUAAUUGGGGACGCAGCUGGCAUAAUUGAUGCAAAAACCAUCGCAGAUGGCAAUUAUGACCAUGCAUGGGAAAUUUUAGCAGAAAGGUUUGAAGACAAGCGACGAAUGGUUGAUCAUCACAUCUCUGGGCUACUCAACAUGAGGAAAAUGUCGCAAGAAAGCCACUCUGAGUUAAGAGAGUUGGUCGAUUCAUGUGUUGGUCAUGUCGAAAAUUUGAAACAUUUGGGUCUAGAUUUUACUGGGGUAUCAGAUACAAUCGUAACGCACAUCCUAUCCAAUGCGUUGGACGAUGAGACAAAGAAGUUGUGGGAAUCCUCGGUCGCCCAUGGGGAAUUGCCUGAAUACGGGGACACUGCCAAAUUUCUGAAAGGUCGCAUUUCCGUACUUGAACGUUGUCAAAAGUCCACUAGUGAUAGUAAGGUCAAACAAUCCGCGCGUGGUGCAACCAAAGGACACGUGUCCGGCAAGCAGUCGUUGAACGUGAAGGUGAACGUGGUGUCAUCAAGCAGCUGUGAGUUCUGUGCAGGAGACCAUCUGGCGUUCAAGUGCUCUAUGUUCAACGGAUUAUCGGCGGAAAAUCGAUUGAAGAUAGUGCGUGAUAAACAGGUGUGCUUCAAUUGCUUGCGACGUGGUCACCGAAGCGGAGAAUGCAAAUCGAACAAGACGUGUUCGAAGUGUAAGCGGAAGCAUCAUACGCUGCUCCAUACAGAAGGUGGUUCAGUGCAAAAUUCAAGUUCCAGCAAUUCCAGUGUGACAGAUCAGCAGCAGGUUCCAAAGCAAGCGGCGCAGCCAGACAACACAAAUGUUCCGGGUAGCAGUACACCUAACACCGUGGCUUCGAAUGUGGUCGAGAAGCCAAUUUCGCAAGUGCUGUUGCUGACUGCAAUGGUCAACGUUUUGGACAAACAUGGAAAACCGCAAUCAUGUCGCGCUCUUUUGGAUAGUGGGUCCCAGGUCAACUUCAUCUCGGAGGCGAUGUUGGAAAAGCUGCAAGUGGAUCGAGAAGAAAUCGACAUUCCUAUCACCGGAAUCAACAGCGUCAGAUCCAGCGUUCGACAAAGGGCGAGGGUGGAGGCUCGUUCGAGGCAGAAUGGUUUCAAGAUGGAGUUGGAUUGCUUGGUCUCGCCGAAGGUAACAGGAAACCUGCCGACCUUUGAGGUUGACGCUGCUACAUGGAACAUUCCCGCUGGAAUCCAGUUGGCAGACCCUACGUUCUUCCGUCCAGGACAAGUGGAUUUGCUGAUUGGAAUGGAAUGGUACGACGAUAUACUCAAGGCCGGUCGUCUGAAGCUAUCAGAAGAUCUGCCUACGCUCCGAGAUUCGCAAUUUGGCUGGUUGGUUGGUGGAAAAUAUGCUAGUGCUUUUUGUGGAACAAUUGUAAACUCUAAUGUGGCAACACCAUCAAGUGACUCUUUAAACGAACUGAUGCAAAAGUUUUGGGAAGUGGAAAGUGUUUCCAGUGAGAAGUGCGUGAAGACUGAAGCUGAACAGUGUGAGCAGCAUUUCCAGUCUACGGUUCGUCGAAAUGAAGAUGGUCGAUACGUAGUACAGUUUCCACUUCGGGAAUCAAUCAGCCAGCUUGGAGAUUCGAGACCAAUGGCGCUGAGGAGAUUCUACGCACUGGAGGAAAAAUUGCAGAAGAACCCGGACAUUAAGAAGCAGUACGACGAAUUCGUGGAUGAAUACGAGCAGCUUGGACAUUGCAAGGAAGUGCAUGAAGCGGAAGAUCCUGUUGGUUUGCAGAGAUGGUAUCUACCGCACCACGCGGUACUCAAGCCGUCGAAUACGACUACCAAGUGUCGCGUCGUGUUUGAUGCAUCGGCAAAGGUUGGUGGAAUGGCAUUGAACGACGUGAUGAUGGUUGGCCCUACAAUUCAACCUGAUUUGCUGACGAUCAUUUUGAAAUUUCGUAUGCAUCGGUAUGUGCUAAGCGCUGACAUCGCUAAGAUGUAUCGGCAAGUGUUGAAGGACAAGUGUCAUACUCCACUACAACGCAUUUUCUACAGGAAGAAGCCCAACGAGCCACUGCGAGUCAUGGAGCUUCAAACUGUGACGUACGGUACAGCUGCAGCACCAUUUCUGGCCAUUCGUGCGCUGUAUCAACUGGCAAUUGACGAGACAGCAGAAUAUCCUUUGGCAGCGGAACUGGUGAAAAAGAUGUUCUACGUGGACAACGUACUUUUUGGUGGAAACAAUUUGGUAGAAGUGAGAGGCCUCCAACGAGAGUUGAUUUCGCUACUGCAACGCGGAGGUUUUCAUCUACACAAGUGGGCUGCAAACAAUGAACAACUCCUGGACUCUAUUCCUGAGGAGGAUCGAGAUAAACUGGUGAAGAUUGAAGACUCUAGUGCCAAUGAGGUAAUUAAGACCCUUGGGCUUAUGUGGGAUCCGGUCGGAGAUGAUUUUCUGUUCCGGGCACAAUCUGACUGUAACAAUCCAGCACCGAUAAAACGGCAAGUUCUGUCAGUUAUAGCAAGGCUUUUCGAUCCCCUCGGCUUGUUGUCACCAGUAAUCGUUCUCACAAAGGUUUUGAUGCAGAAGCUGUGGAAGAACAAAAUGGAUUGGAAUUAUCGGCUGGAUGAAGAGCUACUCGACGACUGGAGAUAUUUUUUUGAACGCGCUGCCACUUGCAGAGGACUUCCGAGUUCCUCGGCGGGUAAUUUCGGAGGAAGCGGCAAGUAUUGA